AUGGCUCCGAAGGAAACUGUGGGUGGUUCUUCUAUUCAGCUUCUUUCCACAGUGCCAAAGGGCAGUCCGGAUCCGUCCUUCACGGAUUCAAAUUCCCCCGCGAGAGGAUACCCCUUGCGUCGAUUUUGGUUCCGUACCUCCGUCUUGCUCCUAGGCCCGGUCAUCAUUUUCAUCUACUUUUUAAUGAUCUGGCUUUUCUUCUUCAGAGACACCGACACUGUUAAAUACCGAUCUCGCGAGGGAACAUGGGUUUACUAUUCUUGGUUCGUGACCGGUGUCUUCGGUCUGAACAUUUCACGAUAUGGUCUUGUUGGCGUCGAAGCUGCCAUGUUGCAGGAGCCCUUUUGGGGGCCAAAAAGUGCAAUGGGGCUCCUGAUGCAUAGCGGGAGCACCUGGGCCGGGCCAGGAGGAUGGAUGAAGUGCAUACAACGCGCUAUUUCCAUGGAAAGGAAUCUCGCAGGUCGACUAUGGUAUGUUCUUGCUGUGCUAAGUUUAGUGCCUUUAGUCGCAUUCCCGAUUUCUGGUUUGUCUAUGGAACUCGCAGAUGGAUAUAUCGCAUCGUCAGCGCCGCCGAUGGUCGUGGGCCGUGAAUGGAGCAACUUCCAUCGCCGCGAACCUGAUCAAACUAAGAAGCGAGGCGGGACAGUUUGGAGAACGGCAUCCGCAGUGAUUCCGGGCAUUGGUAUUGCUUACAGUCCUCCACAGGUCGAUCGGGAGAAGUUCGAGUUUCUAACAACGCUACCAAACUCCCUUUCCUUUGACCCCGGAAUUCCCGAACUCUUCCUUGGGCCGCAGGCGACGACGCCUAUCGGCGGUAAGGCUUGGGGACUUCGGCUGCAGUAUAACUGCUCGAUGGUCCAGUCAGCCUCAGAGUUUACAAUUCUUUCCCAGAAAUCUUCAGCCCUGAAGCCCAAUAACUCUGGUGUGAUAGACGAUGAUUCUAGAUAUAAACCUAGAUAUAAAACCCUCCAGACACCUUCCGGCGCAACCAUCACCUUCUUCAACAGCACUCAGGCGAUUGGUGGAAAUAAUCUUUGGGCAUACGCCGAAAUGGGAGUGAGCCAUGACUUCGUUUCGUCCACGUACGAUGGUUCAGAGCCUAGUUUCGAAUCUGGCGAGCCUGAGAUCCUGGAAUAUGCGCUAUGGCAGGUCCGACGUCCCUGUUCGUACGACGGAGACGACAGAAUAACUUUCAAUUAUACUCUCAAACCUUCCAUUGCUGGCAUGGGCAGUCCUAUCAUACAGAAUCCCAGUGGAAAAUUCGAGCGUAAUGCCUCCUUCUUCGACUGGUCAAAUGGCACAAGUACUGAUACGAAGGACUUUGUCUCCUUCGUCGCUUACGAGAGCUUCCAAGAAAAUAUCACACUGGCUCCCCCUAUUGGAGUCCAAUGCCGUCGUAUCUCAGAUCUCGGGACAGCCAAACUGGACUCCCGAACAAGCACCUUCAGCGAGUUUGAAAAGUCUCCUAGCCCAAUAUGGUCAGCGGCCGAAUAUGAGGCCAAGCAACCUCGAUUUGGUGCCACAGCAAUAUCCAUUUUGCUGGGCCGCUAUACCGAAAUCUUCGAGUCAACCAAAUCACCCCUCCCCUAUAUCCUUUCUAACUCGGCCUGCUAUGAUCAUUUUGUACAGCCACAAGUUCUAUUACAGUCGGUUUUACAAGCCCACGCUGUUGAUGCCUUGCAACUCAUGUAUGACGGUGCUACAGGAUUAAAUGGUGGCUAUGUCAACACGAACUUGACAUCGUCUCGCCGUGGGAAAGUUCUAGAACCCGGCGUCGUUCCACCGUUGGUUUCGACUUUACUUUUGGGAAUUUGGGCCACUGGAUGCAUUGUCUUGGGCGUGAUGUAUGGCUUCCGCCGUCGCUGGUCUGACACACUGGAUGGGUACAGUUUGUUCCGCUUCGGAGUAGGCUUUGGUGAGGAACUUCGUAAUAAGAACGCCCUAUCCAGUACCCAGGGGCUAGAGAAGAGCGACCGGCUGUGGUCACUUCCAGGAAUGAUUGGUGAUUCGAGAAUGCAAUUUGAUAUCGGCCAUAUCAGUCUAGUCGGGAAGGACCAGGCCGUCAACCCAAGUAAACUAUACACCUGA